UUUUUCAUAUCUUUGCAGUACCCUUACGAUAUCCUAUCUCUUUUGCUUUCUCCUUUAGUCCUUUUUAACACAAAUACUAAAAUUUCUCAAAACAAAGAAACAUAUGUUAACUAUGGAGUGUAAACCACAACAAAGAGACCACAAUUCUUCGUUUCCAAAUCUACCAUUAUUUUCAAUCCCACACCUAUCGCCAAUGGACUCACCACAACAUUCUGGGAUGCUAACUCCACCAAUCUACACCGCCGUCUCGGUCCCGUUCUGGUGGGAAGAAGAGCCAGGCAAGCCUAGGUUUAGUACCGCCGUUUCCGUCUCUGCCUCUCCCAGCCUAGAGUUGCCUCCUAGGCUUUUGGUGCCAAGAUCGGAGUGUAGUUCUUCCUUUAGAUUUGAUGAGAAGAGUUCUUUGUUUAUGAAGAAAAGAGGAUGGUUUGGUUCAUGGAGAAAAAGGGGUUUGAAUUUGAGAGGGAAAAGAGAGCAAAUUGGAACUGGAGGGCUUGUGUUUCCAUCUUUGGAAUUGGAAGAGAGUCUUAGUUCAAAAGUGGAAGCUUCAAGGUUUAGAAGGAAUGGGAGCUUUUCAAGCUUGAUGAGUAGUACUCAAAUUAAGCCUCAUUUUUGGGAAAGUGUAUGUGAAGGUUUGAAGCAUAUAGUUCCAUCAUGGAGAAGCAGAAGGAUGAAAAGAGAGACUUAGUUUGAUUUUGUGUUGUUAGAUGUAAUUUUCGACCCAUUGCAAUAAUGGAAGUUCCAAAGUCUGUUGAUAUCUAUGUGCUGCUAUUUGUUGUGCACAUUCAUAUAUAAUGCUAGUUUAAUUAGCAAGUUGUGUUUUAAUUUCUCGAUGUGUUUUCAAGACUGUUUCCAUAACAUAUAUAAAUGGUGUAAACUUUGCUCUUAGCCUUAUCUAUAACAUAUGGGCUCUUUCUCUCU